UUUAGGGCCAUUAAUUCUGACCACGUGCCUGAGAGGCAAGGUGGAUGGCCCUGGGACAGAGGCUGUUCAUCGCUAUGUCCCGGGGAGCAGGACGUCUUCAGGGCACGCUGCAGGCUCUCAUCUUCCUAGGCGUCCUAGUGGGCAUGGUGGUGCCCUCACCUGCGGGCACCCGAGCCAACAGCACGCUGCUGGAUUCGAGGGGCUGGGGCACCCUGCUGUCCAGGUCCCGAGCUGGGCUAGCUGGAGAGAUUGCCGGGGUGAAUUGGGAAAGUGGCUACUUGGUGGGGAUCAAGAGGCAGCGGAGGCUCUACUGCAACGUGGGCAUCGGCUUUCACCUCCAGGUGCCCCCCGACGGCCGGAUCAGCGGGACCCACGAGGAAAACCCCUACAGCCUGCUGGAGAUUUCCACUGUGGAGCGGGGUGUGGUGAGUCUCUUUGGAGUGAAAAGCGCCCUCUUCGUUGCCAUGAACAGUAAAGGAAGAUUAUACACAACGCCCAGCUUCCAGGAGGAAUGCAAGUUCAGAGAAACCCUCCUGCCCAACAAUUACAAUGCCUAUGAGUCAGACCGGUACCGAGGGACCUACAUCGCACUGAGCAAAUAUGGACGCGUAAAGCGAGGCAGCAAGGUCUCGCCAAUCAUGACCGUCACUCACUUCCUUCCCAGGAUAUAAGGACCCUGAAAGAAGGUGCACAGGAGAAAGUGACUUUUUUUCUAUUGGAAUUUUGCACAAGUGAACAAUUCCCUUUACCCCCCAUGAUGCCUGAGUCAGGUUUCUCUUAUGCUUGGGAAGACCCGAGUUGGUUCCCUGGGCCACGACAUGUAACCCACCCAAGUGAGGGUUGCAGCCAGCACUCUAGGAUGGCAGGGGAGCCCAUGCUCUGACCUCACCUGAGGAAAGAAGGUGCAGAUGACACUGUAGAACGUGACUGUGUGCCCAGGAAAAGGCAGGGUGGAAACACGUGUGUGUUGAUGUAUGUCCAUACAUCUUUGUAUAUGUUGUCAGAGCAAAGGCAUUUCAGAGCAUCGGGUUUCUUUCUUCCAGAUCAUCGCGGCAGGCAUCUGACUGCAAGAAUGUCACUUGUCAAGGCAGCAGGAUUGAUGUGCCCUCCCAUUCUGCCUCUUU